UAAUGAAAACAUACAACAAGUUUAUGUGGAAGAGGACACGCGGUUAGUGAGUUCAUGUACUACACACAACUAACAAACGUUUGCCAGUGCGACGGUCAUAACCACUACUCCUAUUAGCACGAGACAACGAUAGGGACUGCUCGCAGAAAGGAGGAAUUCUAAGAUUCUCUAGGCAUAAAUGCAUAUCGUCUCGUGGACGUAUGCAUCGUCUCUGUUGAUCUGUGUGUAUUAUGAACGUUAGUGUGCGUGUAUGUGUGUGUCCAUAGCAAAACGAUAGAAGAUUACUGUGCACUGGAAGACACUGGUGCAGCGCUGUUAAAAUUACCAGCGAAAACCCGAAGCAAGCGUUGUUCCUAACUACUCGUAUCACUACGACCACAACAACUCGUUCCAAUGGCCCGUACGAAGCAGACCGCGCGUAAAUCAACUGGAGGCAAGGCGCCUCGUAAGCAGCUGGCCACCAAGGCUGCUCGAAAGUCGGCGCCGUCUACGGGGGGAGUGAAGAAGCCCCACAGAUAUCGGCCAGGUACUGUCGCCCUUCGAGAAAUUCGUCGUUAUCAAAAAUCGACUGAGCUGCUGAUCCGUAAGCUGCCGUUCCAGCGUCUGGUUCGUGAAAUUGCGCAGGAUUUCAAGACCGAUCUACGUUUCCAGUCCGCUGCCAUUGGUGCUCUUCAGGAGGCUUCGGAGGCCUAUCUCGUUGGUUUGUUUGAGGAUACCAACUUAUGCGCUAUCCACGCCAAACGUGUAACCAUCAUGCCGAAAGAUAUCCAGCUCGCGCGUCGUAUCCGUGGUGAGCGUGCUUAAGCAGUCGCCACCGUCGUUCCUAUGUUCAUUGUCAUUGUCAGAAGAGUAACUGUCAAUGAGGAAUGAUUGAAUGAGGUAAAAGAAAAAACAUGAAAAGGAAGAGCACCAUCGGAGAAGUGAUGAAUGAUGACGAUGAAUGAAAAUGGCGCCGAAAGGAUGUCAUAAUAGCGACAGUCAAAAGCAACAAUAUUAUUAACUGCAAUCCAACCUUUAUAUACCACCGGAACAUGAAUGAGCCAGAGAUUCGUACGAAAGUUAAUAACGAACACGACCGACGUCAUAACAUCCCACUCAUGCUUAGCUUCGCUUAUCGUUCUUCCGUGAAACGUAUGUGAUGUUACGUGCUGCCCUUGCGCGUACAGCUCGCUGUGAGGGAGUGAUGUAAACGGGCGCAAAAUUCAUACGUACCAGCUUACGACGUGCCACGGGGGACGCCAGCAAGCGGCGGUUGGGGGCUGAAAAAGAAAACAAAAACACCAAAAAACUAUCUAAACAAAAAAAUCAACCUGUAUACAGCUAUCCUCAGUUCUAACCAAGAUAAGACCUGAAACAAAUAAUUGCUAGACGAACGAUAUGUCAAGCAAGAGGCAUAAUAAUAAUGAUAAAAAGCAAAAUGAGAUGUGAAAAAGACGACGAAAGAGGAUGGUGACGAUUAAGAGUUAAUCAUUAUACAUGUACACAUUAUCAUAAUGGUGUGAUGCCGCCCGGAUUAUGGUCAUAGUAGAAAUAAACAUAAGACUGAAUAGUAAUUUAAAUUAUAUUAUGAUGAUACUAAUAAUGAAGCAUAUAAACUCAUCAAUCUGAAUAAAACAAAAUGUGAUAGAAAAAAGAGUUAAAAUUUUGAGGAACAGACUUUGCAAAAUUGUGUCAUUUUAUUUAGUUGAUGGUUAGCCGAAUACUGGCGUCAGUAAUAUAACCGCAUUCGUACAAGUGAUUACCUUGAUUACUUAACAGAAAUCAAUUGUAUCGACGCAAAGAAAUAAUGAAAAUGAAAUAAUCGGCCGUGAUGUGGUGAUGUGUGCAGGCACUAAAUGUGUCCUAGCAAUUUGUAAGGUGUUCUAAUCUACAAGCAAGCGUUUUGGUGGAGUAGUAAGCAUAUUGACUGAUAAGUCUCCAACGUUCGUCUCAGCCGUCAGCCUCAAACCCGGGCUGGAAAGAGACGUAACGAAUACUGCACACAUCACAAUAAGCUUUGCAUUGAGAGAUAAGAAUAUUCCAAAUCGACACAGCAACUGUAGUCCAUAAACAAGCAUUAUCCUAUAUAAGCCAUAUAACAAUCCAUCACCUCUUACAUGAUUAAUAUGAUGUGGCUGGUGUCUAAGUCCGCGUAAAUGCAUACGUGUGAUUAUGAUGAGAAGAUGUGAAGAAAGACUUUGUAAACAUUCAACAUAAUGAGAUUGAGAAUAACACAAAAAACGAAACAGGUACCUAUUAUACGCAGCACGCAAAAAUACUAGACGGAAAGCUAAGGCAGUUUACGAUAAAAUGAAAAAGCAGAGCAAAAAUAAGGCGUUCAGACAA